AUGUAUUUCAACAAUGAGGCAUUUGAAGUUGUGAAAUACGAUGAAUUUUUGAAGAGAUAUGAAGAUGCUGCCUUGAAAACACAACAAAGUCUUGCAUUUUUGAACUUUGGGCAAAAUGUAAUAUUUAGCAUGGCUCUGUCAGUAGCUAUGGUGCUGUGCUCACAUGGGAUUAUGGAUGACAAGAUGACAGUUGGUGAUGGUAAAUGGGCUCCUAUUCCAGCUGUCUCUUCCUCUCAACUUCCUUGGCAGUGUAUAUCGGGAGACUGUACAAAGUCUUAUUGGCAUGAAAUCCAUGUUUUGGUACUUGAGGAGAGCGCUGAAAUUAGAGAUGAUGAUGAUGCGAAACCUUUGAAAUUGGAUGGGGGCAGCAUUCAAUUUGACAAUGUUCACUUCAGCUAUAUACGAGAAAGAAAGAUUCUUGAUGGGAUGUCUCUUUUAAUUCCAGCUGGAAAAAGUGUGGCUAUUGUUGGAACCGGUGGUAGUGGGAAAUCAACCAUUCUUAGAUUGCUCUUCAGGUUUUUUGACACCGAUUCUGGACAUGUAAGAAGAGAUGCUUCUCUUAUACACCUUUGUCUUUUGGCUAUCAUUAUGGCCAUUUCUAACUGGCCAAGUCCUGUGAUUCGGAUAGAUGGUCAAGAUAUACGGAAGGUGACACUUGAGAGUCUUCGGAAGCCUAUUGGUGUGGUUCCACAGGAUACAGUACUGUUUAAUGAUACAAUAUUUCACUACAUUCAUUAUGGUCGUCUUUCGGCAAUGGAAGAGGAGGUUUAUGAUGCCGCUAGAAGGGCAGCAAUUCACAACACCGUUAUGAACUUCCCAGACAAAUAUUCUACGGCGGUAGGGGAACGAGGGCUUAAGCUAAGUGGUGGUGAGAAGCAGCAGGUGGCACUAGCUCGUGCAUUCUUAAAAGCACUGUCCAUUUUUGUAAGUGCCAUCUUCUUUACUCCUGAUUGACAUAGUGACAAGGUUUAAUUUGUUAAAAAUGUCUCCUAUUUGAGUGCCCUCGAUUAAGAUAAACUGUUUGUGUGACACUGCAUGUUCUGUGCAAGGUAAUUUUCUUAGUAUUAUUACCUGUGCAUGUAAUGGAGGAACUGAUGAACCUGUAAUCAACUGAGUAAAUAAUUCAGGAUCCUGAUCCUCUACUCUCUUUGUUGUAAGUAAACCCUUCGUCAAUUGAAAUCUG